AUGGUCGCCCCGCCGGGUUCUUACGACUCAGCAGCACAGAGCCCAUACUCGGCGCAACCUCCUGCUUCCGUUUCAGCCCAUACUAUCGCCCAUCCUUCUGCUCUUGGGCCCUUCACGCUAUUCUGCUCGACCGAUCUCAAGAUCUUGCGCGCCUCGGCCGACUGUUACGAGUAUCUCGGUUUCCAUCCGCACGAACUCCUCAACCUCGACUUGCUCCGCUGGAUUCAUACGACAGACCAUCACCUGAUCAAUCAGAUUCGCGAUCAGCUGCUGAACGUUUCUUAUCUCCCUACUCCCCCUCACACCAGCCGCGAAACAUGUGUGGCGAUUGUGACCGCCAACGAGCAGGAGCUCAAGUCCCCCGCACCAGGGAUGGGCGACCCAUUCCCUCAUCAGACCGUUCGCAUGUUCCAUGGAGAUGGGAUGAUCUACCCCUUUAACGUGCGCAUGCAUCUGGGCGGCGGGCUUGGAGGGAGUUUGUGGCAGAAGGAUACUCUCGGGAAAAUUUAUCUCGUGGUCUCUUGCCUCCCAGUGCCCUCAGACUCUUUGCAAGACCCGCAGGGGCGUCGGCCAUCCCAUUAUGCCUCAGCACCACCAGCACCAGCACCACCACCACCGUCAGGUGCGCUUCCCUCGUUUUCGUCCAUCGCUGCAGCUGCGGAUUCGCCUGGCGCGCAGACGUACCAUCGACCGCCAUCGGCCCCGGGACAGAGUGGCCCUUACUACUCACGGCCGUCAACCUCCUCUUCGACUCCCUAUCCGCCUGGCCACUCUGGCCUGAGCCCACGCGCGCCUUCGCCCGGUGGUCAUGGGUCAUACUCCAGAUACCAUAGCUAUCCCCCGCCUCAUGGACAACCUGGUUACUACCUGCCGACGAGCGGCCCCUACGACCGUCGCCUCGACGCUCACCCCGAUGAGUGGCGCCGCCACGGGCAUCCACUGCCCCCACCUGGAGCGCUUGGCAGUGGGGCGCCUCCACCCGACUACCAUCGCGGCUGGGACCGGCAGUAA